CUGGGUCCCACACUUCAUUCUCUGCCGUCGAGGUAAGCGGGUUCGGCACGCAGCCGCAUACCAUCUGGGUCCCCCUGGUUAUUCUCGUGCUCCGCCUCGCCGACGGCUCCGCAACGCCGCGAGCCCACUAAACCCUAACCCUAGAGGGAGUGUGGAGGAAUCGAACCGCCGGCGGCGGCGGCGAUGGCGGCUAAGCGGGAGAUAUCGAGUACCUUGAGGAAUCUAAAGUUUAUGCAGCGCGGCGCGGCUGCGCAGAAGGUGGAGGAGAAGGCCAAGGUGGAGGUGCAGGAGGAGGUGGUGGCGGCGGCGCCGAGUGGAGUAUUCGGCUCGUCGGCUCAGGUCGCUAGGAAGUGCAUAGUUAUCAUGGAGGGCAAUCCACAUCCAGGUGCUGUCAAGGGUCGAAUGUCAUUCCAAAAUUUCAAUCCAUCCAUUGAUAAACUAAAUGAAGAGGCCAGAGGUGAUGGUGAAUCAAAAUCCGCUUCGCCUAGCAAUCAUCAUCAAGAUAGUGCAAACUCUAGCAGAGGGGAUGAUGUACCAGGAUCAAGAUUUAGAGGUUUUGACAUUGACAGUUCAGAAAGCAUAUCUCUGAAUGAACUGAAGAGGAAACAGCCUGAACUUGAUAUGGAAACACCCUCUGAUACCCCACAAAAGACCAAUGUUGAUGGUAGGUCGUCUUCACAAAGCAACGGCCGUGGAUCGCACAAGUCAAACAAGCGUGAAAAAAAGUACGACUUCAAUCAUCUCAGACAAAAGAAAUAAAAAUGAGAUUCCAGUUACCAUGACCAUGACUAGCUCUUGUACCCCCAUUUGUAGUUGUACUGGGUUGGCCAUUUGCCCUGUUCUGUGGAUUAUAUCUAGAGAUCUGGAAACCGUGCUGUUUCGUGCCUGUUCUUAACUAGUGAGGCCUGAGAUACUUAUCAUUAUCUUUCUGGUGAUGUAUUUGUUUUACUACACUACUCUGUUGUAAGAUGAGUUGCAGCAGCAGCAAGGAAUACAAUUUUGCCUUUUUUUUU